GCAAAUGCAUAACGGCCCUUCCCCAUUCGAUCAAUUCCUAUAAAAAUCCUCUCUAAACCAUCAAAUUCAAACCCAUUUUACUGUUUCUCUUCUUCUCUCUCAUUUCGCGCUCAUGGAUUCUUCUUGCAUUCAGUCCACGUCUUGCCCUUUUGAUUGCAUCGUCUUCGAUUUGGACGACACCUUGUAUUCUUCCAAAACUGGAAUUGGUCAAGCGCUUAAACGAAACAUUGAUGAUUUUCUAGUCGAGAGAUUUGGAUUUCCAGGGUCGCAAGCUCCAACUCUUCGCGCAGAGCUCUUCAAAAUCUACGGAAGCUCCCUUGUUGGUCUCAGGUCAUUAGGCUAUGACGUUGAUGCCGACGAUUAUCACAGUGUCGUGCACGGAAGAUUGCCGUAUGAUUUGAUCAAACCGGACGCUAAAUUGCGGGACCUCCUGCAAACCAUCAAACAAAGGAAAAUUAUUUUUACUAAUUCUGAUAAAAUACACGCGAUGAAAACAUUGGACCGUCUUGGAAUCAAAGACUGUUUUGAGCAAAUUAUUUGUUUCGAGACAAUGAAUCCGAAUCUGUCGAAAUCAACAACUCCGGUGGUGUUGAAGCCUUCAAUGGAGGCCAUGAAGACUGCAAUUGAUGUUGCAGGAGUUGAUCCUCGGCGCACGUUGUUUUUGGACGACAAUUUGAAAAAUGUUGCUGCUGGGAAGGCUCUUGGGCUCCGAACAGUUCUGGUAAGUCAAAAAUUUAUCCCUACCGGUUUUCCUUUUGCCGCACGUAGUAUUAAUAUAAAAUUUGAAUUGUAUAUACUUAUAUGUAAUGAUGUGUCAUGAUACGCUCGUACAACUGUCUAUAAUGGUCAAAGACCCACGUUUUAGACGUAUGCACAUGAAAAACAGUCCAUAACAAGAGAUAACCCACAUUGUACACCAUACGAUGCAACACGGUCUUUUAACGGCCAAAGACCGACAUUUGACGUGAUACAAGUGUGGUAACGUGCCACGACCCACAAAAUUUUACUUUGUGAUUCAUAAUAAAUAAAUGCUACUCAUGGUAUUGA